AUGGAAGGCAAUGAACGCAGGCAAGGUUCUAAUCCUCAUGAUCCAUCGGUGAAGAGAAGAUCUCCUGACAGUGUUUUAAGCUCCUCGGACCGACUGCAGGAAGAAUCCAUGUCUAGUUCUUCUUUCGACAGUGCUACACCUGGGGUUCAGAGGAUGCAAACAUCUAAUAUGCUUGCAGGUUCCAGCUCAGCUGCAGGGACUGGAGAAAUCUUUGAGAGAAGAAUUAGGCAAAGAACCAUCCCCAACCCAGAGAAUUUGGUACCUUCUGCACCCAUUGCUCCUGAGCAAAGGGGGCCACACUCUGGUGAAUUGAACACUGAGCAAGGAGGGCAGCAGAACAAUCGCUCCUUGCAAUUGCGAGGUUCUCUCCCGCAGAGGGACCCAACUCGCAAUCCAGGUUGGAUCAUCAUAAUCCCAGACACAGCCCUUGCAGGCCGUGUUCCACAAGUUGGUGAUCCUCGGGUCAGAACUAGACUAAUAUCUGAGGUUCGUAAUGCCAUGAGACUCCAAGGCAGCGGUGGCACCAUACAGUAUCAGAGCCAUAUUAGGGUUCCAGGGCACUGGUGGUUAUUUGGUGUGAUUUGCCAGCCCGAGGAUGAAGAUGAUGAGGAUGAUGAGAUGCAUCUUGACAUCGACAGCAUGUCAUAUGAGCCUCAGGAUUUGCUUGCACUUGGAGAGCACAUUGGAAGUGUGAGCACAGGGCUCAGUGAGGAAGUAAUUAUGGCUAAGAUGGAGCAAUGGAAGUAUAGCUGCUCAAAAACAGGCUCUUCAGUUGAUGCAGAGAUUUGUUGCAUAUGUCAGGAGGAGUAUGCCGAUGAUGAUGGUGUUGGAAAUCUAGACUGUGGGCAUGUGUAUCAUGUUGCCUGCAUCAAGGAAUGGUUGGCACAGAAGAACUCAUGCCCCAUUUGCAAGAAUACUGCCUUGGCUACUUGA